AUGUCAUCAAAAAAUCAAGAAACAAGAACAUGCAUGGCACCAUAUGUUCGAAGAAUUAAUUUAAAUAACCAUAAUGGGAGAACUAAGAGAAGAUCCCCAAAACUAUGCCAAAAUUGCAUCGAAACAAACGAUUAUGUCAAUCUAUUGUCUAAGAAAGUAAACAGAAUUGAAGAAAUUGUUGACAAUUUUAAGAAUCAUUCAAAAAAGAAAUCUGUAAGGCCUUCUAUAUUCAAUGCUAAAUUUACUUUGAACAAUGUUCCUUGUGAAUUGGAGUAUGAUUUAUCAAAAUUUUCAUUAGAAGAUUUGCAAAAAUUAGUAAUAUUUACAACAAGUUGCAGCGAUAACAACAAUCAUUAUAACAAUACUUCAUUAAGAUAA